AUGGCCACUCAACAGUCAGAAGGCGCGCUUCUCAAUGAGAAGCCGCUCCAACCAUCAUUGCCGGUAGGCAAGGAAGGCCCCAACGGGGCGCUAGAGGCAAACGGCCAUACCAUGCCGUCCCCGAUUAAUUCACAACCCGAAUCCGAUAACGCGCCCAAGUCAAACGGCGAGACACCUGCCGAUACCUCACUUGCCAAGAACGAGGACGCGUUUGCUGCGAACCAAGCCAUACCCCGCGAUACGAAUGACGAAGAUCGGUCCGCGAAAUCGAAGGGAGAGUCCGAGCAAGAUAUCGCCAGUAGCAUGGAUAAGGUAAACAUGGAUGAUGCUACUGCUACGACGCGCGACACUGAGAUGCCCGAUGCUUCAACUGAACAGGCGUCCGGAGACAAGACGGAACCCCUUUCACCGAAGUCACACCCCCAACCGGAACCCGAGACCCAACCCGACGGUUCAAUCAAAGAUGAAAAGGACGCCACGGACGAUGUUGCGAAGGAGGCACCAGCAGUCCCUGCCGCCCCGGUCGACAAGGAAGACACAACGAUGACGGGCACGGACAAACAGACCGAGGCGACAGCGAUUGAGGCAGUCCCGGAAGACGCCCGGGAUACGGCAGUGACCACCGACACGCCUAAAAGCCUUGCCAACGGCGCGCCCACCCCCGCCGCCGACACUACAAACGGCCAUGCCGACCCGUCUACCAGCACCACCGCCGACGCAAACAUGUCGGAUGCCGCGCAACCCCCUGCCAAGGUUUCGAGGGAACGGGAUGAAAUCGAUAGUGAAGAUGAACCCGUAGCGAAGCGUACCAAGGUUGACCAUGCGGCCGAUCAAGUGCAGGUGAAGACAGGCCCCGUUGAGGACCGCAUGCAGGUCGACCAACCAGCCGCGACCUCGAAUGCGGAGCCCAAGAAACUUAGCGAUGAUUCCCUCAACGACAGCCCGAUCACAGACUGGCAGAAUAAACAGAUUCGCGCCGUCCUCGCCGGCGUCAAGAAGACCAAAGUCGGCGCCCCCUUCCGUCUGCCCGUCGAACAGAUCUGGCCGAUGGUCUGGCCCGAGUACUCGGCCAAGAUCACGAACCCAAUAGACAUCAGCACCAUGGAGAAGAAGCUGCGUGGUGACCUUCCUGCUUACGCAAACAUGGGGGGAUUCAAGGAUGAUUUGGAACUAAUGGUACGAAACGCGAUUACCUUCAACGGCGAGGGUCACGACGUGACGAAGCAGGCCACGGCCUGCCGCGAUGCAAUUCUCGGUCGGAUGUCCCAGCAGUACGCCGCCGAGCCUCCCAAGCCCGAGAGGAAGGAAGCGGCCAAGGCGCAUACGACCCGCCAUGUUGAACCUCGUGCAGCCGUGCCGCCCAUUUCUACAGCCAGCGCAGGCCGUCAUAGUAAAGGUCCUGCCGCCAGCCCUUCGCAAAAGGCCGUAGUGGAGUCGCCGGCCUUCGCCCUCCCGCCCGGAAACAAUGGCAUGCCGCUCAUCCGGCGAGAUUCGACUAAGCCUGACGGCCGGGCCAAGCGGCCGGUGAAGCCCGCGCACUCCAAGGAUUUGGUCUACGACACAAAGCGCAAGAAGAAGCUUCCUCUCGAUCUCCGCUUCUGCGACGAGUUGCUCACCGAGCUCCGCAAGACGAAGCAUUAUGACAUCAACGCAGCGUUUAUGCAACCCGUUGACCCGGUGGCACUCAACAUCCCGCAUUAUCACAAGAUCAUCAAGAAGCCGAUGGACCUCCAGACCAUGUCUAACAAGCUUGGAUCCGGAGAAUACCAGUCUUCGAAGGAGUUCGAGAAGGAUUUUGACCUCAUCAUCAAGAACUGCAAAACCUUCAACGGGGAAGACCACGUUGUUUACAGUCAGGCGCUGAGGCUGCAGGACUUAUACCGUGCCGAACUCUCCAAGAGGGAUGAGUGGAUGGCCAAGCAUGCGCCUGUCACCACCGCGGCAGUAUCCCACUCCGCGGGCAGAGACGACUCCGACUCUGAGGACGCUGAUUCGGAGCCCGACGCCGACGAUGACGAGCGCAAGCUUGUUGAGAACCGGCUGGCUACGAUCCAAAAGCGCCUGCAAGCUGAGCAAAACAAAGUUAAUGAAAUGGUUAACUCGGGCACGGCCGAUAUUACAGAUGUUGAGAUCGCACAGAGCGUUGUUGCCAUGCUGCAGAAACAGCUGAUGGGCGAGCGGGCAAAGCUUGCGAACCUCCCUCCCAAGAAGGCAGGCAAGCCGAAAGCACCCAAGGCCAAAAAAGCCAGUGGCGCACUGCCUCACAAGAAGGCUGGCGGUGGUGGUCUGGGCGGCGGUGUUGUUAAGAAGAGCGGUGUCAAGAAGGCGAUUCCUAAGAGGAAGAUGGGGCCUUUGGAGAAAGAGAUCAUCAUAGAGUCGCUUGCUAGCCUCGACGGCCCGCUGCUUGAGCGGGCGAUUGAACUGAUCAAGAAAGAUACAGGUCAGGGCGAGAACGACGCCGGCGAACUUGAGCUCGAUAUUGAGACCAUCUCUGAGGACGCCCUCGUCAGACUCUACGACAUCGCGAUCAAGGCCAACCCUAACGCGCGGAUCGAAAAGGAGCGGCAGCGGGGCGUGGCAACACCGGCGCAGGCGGAGACUCCCACCGCCAAAUCCAAGCAGCCGGCUAAAUCUAAGAAAAACAAGCCCAUGAGCAAGAGCGAACAGGAGCGCCGCAUCCAGCAGCUCAACGAGCUCCGCGCUCAGGCGGGCCGCCAAGGCUCCGGAAGCCAGGAACCGAUGGAGUCGAUCGAGGGCAACGGAAACGAGCCCGCCGGUCAGCCUGAGCACGAGAGCGAAGACGAGGUCGACUCGGAGGAGGAUUAA